CCAUGUUCGCUUGUAAACAUUUGCUUUGUCCAUUGUUCGUCACCUUGAGUGACCUUCCCUCCCCACAACUUACUCUGAUCCUCCCAUAAACAAGUUAGGACUGCCACAAAACUAUUUCACAGCCAAGACGAGCGAAACAGACCUAAAUGUCAAAGUGUCAACUCCUUGGAAACUGCGGGUGUUUAUUUGACGACGAUCCAAACGAACACGGUUUCGUCACCCCUGUCUUGUUGAUUUUCUUCUGCUUGGUUGGGCCGAGCCGUAAGCCAGAGAACGCCCCCGGGUAUCUCCUCGUGCCAUUAUGAGUCAACCACAGGGCAAGUAGUGGGCGGGGGUGUCAUCCGUUUGACAUUAUGCACUCGUCUGGGCGUACACUACAAUGAUUAUUUGGCGACUGCGCAUUAACACAUGUGCGAAUGUUCCAGCGACUGGUCGUAUCAUCGCAUUCACAUUUCAAGGACUGUUGAGGGAAAGAAGUAGACUUCACAAGGCACCGUGGUUUCUUAAGAAGAUCAGGAAGCGUCCCGUUCUCAAGCUCUGACUCGCAUACUAAACAGGUGUAAACAGACAUGUCGACGGGCAACAAGUUGGUGGCCAUCUUGUUUCUACUCCAUGUGAUGCGUGACCCAGGUGUUACUGACGGAGUGGACGGGCAGAGCACAACAACACCGGGUACAUCAAGUUAUGGUCGUUCGAAGAAGAUAAUCUUCCCCUAUCCUCGCAGCAUCAGUAACUACGCCAAAAUGAAUGCCACACUCUCUGAGCAACUGGGCAGUUUUACUCUCUGUGUGCACAUGCGUACAAACGAUACUGCCGGCUCUUUAGUCAGUUAUGCAACCAGAAGAUCCAGCAACGAGGUAUUCAUUGAAGGAUGGAGAGGAAAAGGCUUCAAGAUACUCGCAGCAGGCGGAGUGAGUGAAGGAAAAACGUUCAGUCUACCAGUUUUGGACGGCUUAUGGCACGAGAUAUGUCUAACGUGGCAGGGCCGAGACGGAGCAUGGAAGCUAUACGUUGAUGGUGCUCUCAAUAGAUCCGACUCGGGGCUUGGCACGCGCAAAGUCGUAUCUACCCCGGGAACGUGGAUCCUUGGACAAGAUCAAGACAGUCAAGGAGGUGGAUUUGACCCUCCACAGGCUUUCAGUGGGGAAAUGUCGAGAGUAAACCUCUGGGACCGCGUGUUGUCUAGAUCUGAAAUUGGGACAAACUGGACCACGUUUUGUAGUCACCAAGGCAACAUUAUCAACUGGACCAACACAGAGAUUCACGUGUUUGGACAGGCCAGCUUUGCUCAAUAUGACCAUUGCGAUCAAUGGCUCAAUCCAGAGACAACCACCAAACCAAUGACGUUGGCUUCGUCAUCUGCUCCUGCUACCAAAAUUAAAGUUAACUGGCUAUCAUCAAUCAAAGACAAGUCGGUCCCAGACUGUCCAGAGCAGGAGCGCAGAAAUCUCACCUGGCCUAGAACUGCACCAGGAGUAAUGUACACACAGGCGUGUCCUAAUGGAACCGUCGGCACGGCACCUCGGAGGUGUGGCACGGACGGUACAUGGGAGGGGGAGCCUGACCUGAGCGACUGUACAUCACCUUGGGUUGGCGAACUCUUCAACCUUAUAGAACAGGGAGGCCCGGCAGGGGAUGUGCUGUCCCUUGUGAAAGGCAACCUGGCAGAGGAAGGUGAAGUUUACGGCGGGGACGUGAUAAAAAGCAUCGACCUGCUCGGUGACCUGGUGGCCAUACAGCAGCAGCAACUUAGCAACGUGUCACAGGAAGAGAGGAAAAGCAUCGUCAACAACUUUACCAAGACGAUGAUAUCAUGCGUCAGCGCAAUCCUCAGCAGCAAACGGGGUAACGCCUGGGGCGACAUUCCAACGGAAAGUCAAGCUGGUGUUGCUUCAGGCGUCAUGGCCAGUUUGGAGAAGACAGGUGUUCUUCUGGCCACGUCAUCCCCAAACGAGACAAUCUCUAUCGUCGAGGAAAACGUCGUGAUGGACAUACGUUCCGGAUCAAAAGAGGAGGCCAUGACCUUUCCCGACCUGACGAUGGGUGAAUCGUCCGCCUGGAGAAACGUAGAGGACAAAAUAGCGCUCCCGAAGACAGGUCAACCAGUGGUCUCUGCACUCUACAGUCACACAUUGAGCAGCUAUCUCAAACCCAAGUCCACGAACAGGACCAACCCCGGCAGCAAUGAGGCGGAGGAGAAGAUCGUCAACUCUCGGGUCAUUUCGGCAACGGUCGUAAAUGAAAACUCGUCGACUGAGCUAGAUGGUGUCGUUACCAUCGUGUUGGAACAUAUCAGCGAUGAGAAGACUAUUAACUUAUCAACGGCCUCUUGCUCUUUCUGGAACUUCUCUCUUGGCGGGUUUUGGUCCAACGAAGGUUGUACAAAGAACUCCGACAAAAGUAACCUGACUCACACAAUCUGUGAGUGCACUCAUCUCACCAACUUCGCUAUCCUGAUGUCCGUGACCGAACUAGAGCAUUCCUUCGCCUUAAAUGUCAUCACCUAUGUGGGGUGUAUCAUCUCCAUCGUGUGCCUGUUCCUCUGUAUCUGUGUAUUCCUGGGAUUCAGACGAGUCCGCUGUCCCCGAACCAUCAUCCACGCAAACCUGUGUUUCUGUCUGCUGGCUGCUGAGGUGGUCUUUCUGGUCGCAGUUGAAAAGACACAGAAUGUGGUCGUUUGUGACGUGAUCGCGAUCAUCCUCCACUACCUGUUCCUGGCCGUCUUCACCUGGAUGUGUGUGGAAGGAGUGGAGCUGUACGUCUUACUGGUCAAGGUCUUCAAUCUAAAGAAGAAGAGGCUGAUCUACUAUUACCUUAUCGGCUACGUGACGCCUGCAAUAGUGGUGGGUGUCUCAGUGGCAGUCAAUUACAUCUAUGGCCAUGUCCACUCGACUGACUUGAACGGUUAUGGGACAGAAACAUACUGCUGGUUAUCGGUUGAAAACUACUUCAUCUGGAGUUUUGUCGGUCCUGUGUUGCUUAUAAUUUUGGUAAACAUUGGGUUCAUGGGCAUGACCCUGAAGGUGAUCUUCUCACAGAAAUCCAAUAAACAAGGCGAGAAGUCGGAGCAGGGAAAGCUCAAGUUCUGGAUCCGCGUGUCUGCAGCCCUGCUGUGUGUGAUGGGUGUGACAUGGGUGUUCGGUGUGCUGUAUAUCAGCAGGGAGACAUUGGUGUUUGCAUACGUCUUCACCAUCAUCAACUCCUUCCAAGGAUUGUUCAUCUUCCUAUUCCAUUGCGCACUGAACGAAAAGGUGCAGGAGGAAAUGGUGCGUUUCUUUGGUCCAUGUGCAUGCUGCAGGGGGAGAAGCCAUUACGACUGGAGCUCCUCACAGUCAACUGUGACACAGUCGCACAAACAAAACGGGGGUCCCCCACAAGAUUCGUCAGGUCCCAACAGCACCUAUGUGUUCACUACUAAAGAUAGCGGGGACACGAAGGGAGACAGCAACAUGGACGAAGGCUUCGAGGAAACCUGCUUGUAGUACGUCGUGCGAUUGUCAUGUCGCAAAUAUUUUCAAUUAAGAUUUUCAAGCUGGUUAUGAAGCGAACCACCGACAAGGAUCUAAUAAUAAGACGACCUGUUGGCGAUAAGGCAGUUGUGCAACAGACACAUCGCACGACCAUCGCACGACGAUCCUACGACGAACGUAACCGGGCCCCAAGAGGACCAACCCACAACUUAAGAGGACCACCUUCAGGCAAUUAUAUAUAGAUUAAACAACAUGAAAGAAUAAUAUAUAUAUAUACGGAAAGUGUUUAUGAAGGUUAGACAUCCAGGUAAACAAUGUUCGGAUACAAUUCAAUCUCUACAACUGGACUAAACGGUGACGACCGUUUUGAGUGACAUCCAUCACUCUUCUUAAGCGUCACUAGAAUGAACUGGCAGAUUCAAUAAAAGUACAUCCAACUAGAAAAAACGGUUGAACAUGUAAAGAUCGUAUGGACACAUGUCACUCAUAUAGACGGUAUAGUUUAAAUGACUAUUUUUGAAUGAGGUAGAAUAUCUGUGAAAUCUCUCUGUGAAAAGCUUUUGCAAAAUUCAAUAUCAGGAAAGGUAUGUAAUUGCGCAUGCGCAUUUAUACAAGGGUAUUCUUGAUGAUGCUACUUCUGUGCAACUUGUCAGGUUAACAUUUUUGUUAAUAUGUUAUAUGACAAAUGUUUAUAUGUCAUUGCAUUAUUGUAUAUUACUAUCCAUACAUCUGUCUCAUAGAUUUAGAAAAUAUAGAUAAUCAAACUCUACUCUAAGUAGUUAUGAAUCAAGUUUGUAAUAUUGACAAUAUUCUAGAUGUACCCGGCUUAUACAGUAUUCUGGUAUAAGCAGUAUAGUUUUUCAACAAACACGAUCCGACAAGGGAACUUAUCUUAUGGCUUAAUCACAACCGUAUGGUCACUAUGUGCAUUUGAGUGCGUUUGUAGCAUUCUUUUAAAUUCUUAUCGCUAUAGAUUACUAUACUUCUGUACAGAUAUGAUGAGCAGCAACACAUGAUGUAAGGGCGAGCAUGUAUUUCAUAUGACUUCUCAAAGACAACAGGCUCCACGAUAAUUUGCAGUACUAACAGAUAACGUUAGACUCGAUUGUGAGAAUGAGCUUUCAGUAUCAAUGAUUACUUUCAAAGUCAUUGCGUUCAUAAAUAAAUAAAUUAUACAGUGAAAGUAUCA